AUGGCCAAGAUCAAGAGAAGAGGAACCUCAGGAAAUGCAAAGAAUUUCAUAACUCGUACUCAAGCAAUCAAGAGGUUGCAGAUAUCAUUAGCCGACUUUCGUCGUCUUUGUAUCUUCAAGGGUAUCUACCCAAGAGAACCACGUAAUAAGAAGAAAGCCAACAAAGGUUCCACUGCUCCAGUCACUUUCUACUAUACCAAAGACAUACAAUAUCUUUUGCAUGAGCCCGUAUUGGAUAAAUUCAGACAACACAAGACAUUUGCCAAAAAAUUGCAAAGAGCAUUAGGAAAAGGAGAGAUUUCAAGUGCAUCAAAAUUGGAGCAGAACCGUCCAAAGUAUAAAUUGAACCACAUUAUAAAGGAGAGAUAUCCUACUUUUCUCGACGCAUUGAGAGAUUUGGAUGAUCCGUUGAACAUGUUGUUCUUGUUUAGUAACAUGCCAGCUACUGAUCGUGUAUCGACAAAGGUUGUUGGUGAUGCAGAAAAAUUGUGCAACCAGUGGUUAGCUUAUAUUGCCAAGGAAAGAUUAUUGAAAAAGGUCUUUGUCAGUAUCAAGGGUGUUUAUUAUCAAGCUACCGUGAAAGGACAAGAGAUUAGAUGGUUGAUACCUUAUAAGUUUCCAACAAAUAUACCAACUGAUGUUGAUUUUAGAAUCAUGUUGACAUUUUUGGAAUUUUACUCAACUUUGUUGAAUUUUGUAAUGUACAAGUUGUACAACGAAAGCGGAUUGAUAUAUCCUCCACAAAUUGAUACGAAUAAAUUGAAAGGGGUUGGUGGGUUGACCAGUUAUGUUUUGCAAUCAAAGGAUUCCAAAAACAACGAUUUAUUAUUAAAGCAACAAAAGACGGAAGAGAAGAACGAAGUUGGUAAGAACUUAUCGCAAUCCGAGAUUCAGAAAGCUAUUGAAGCAGAUCAGGAGACUGGAAAUGAAGAGGAGGAUGGGCAAAUAGAAGAAGGGGCUGACGGCAACGUUGAAGAAGUUGAGUUGGACACAUUUCAAGACAAUUCUACAACCAAGUCGGCCGACACUCUAAUUCAACCCUCUAAAUUCUCAUCACCUACAUCCCAGUUAUUCUCAAAGUUUAUUUUCUACAUUGGUAGAGAAGUUCCUUUAGAUAUCUUGGAAUUUGUCAUUUUAUCGUGUGGUGGGUCAGUUAUAUCAGAAAUAAGUCUUGAUGAUUUGAAAUUGAACGAUCCAAAAGCUUAUGAGCAAUUAAAUCUUGAUUCGAUAACCCAUCAAAUUUGUGAUAGGAAUAAAGUGUUGCAAAAAGUGCCUGGUAGAACUUAUGUUCAACCACAAUGGGUUUUUGACUGUGUUAAUAAACAAGAAUUGAUUAGUGUUUCUUCGUAUGCACCGGGGGAAACCUUACCACCUCAUUUGUCACCAUGGGGUGAUGCUGGUGGUUACGAUCCAAAUGCUGAAGCAAAAUCACAAGCAGGUGAAGGCGAGAAUAACGUCGAAGAGAGUGAAGAAGAGGAAGAAGAUGAAGAAGUCGAGGUGGAAUCAGGUGACGAAGAUCAAGAUGAAGAAGAAGAGGACGAGGAAGAAGAUGAAGAUCUUACAGCCCAGAAGGAAUUAGAAAUGGAAGUUGCUGGUGAGAAAUUCUCGGAACAAAAAGAAGAGCCUAAAGCCAAGAAACAAAAGACUAAAUCAACAACCUCCACUGAAGACGAAGCUAAAGAGUUGGCCAAGAUUAUGAUGACGAACAAGCAAAAGAAGUUGUACAAGAAGAUGCAAUAUGGUAUUGAUAAGAAGGAGACCAGGAACAAGGAGUUGACGAAAAAGAAAAAACAAUUGGAAAAGAAAAAGAAGCAGUUACAGAGUAUGUAA